UGCAUAGCUACAAGUGAAAGCUUCUAGCAAACCUGUUGGUGACAGAGGGAGCUGCAAUCUCCCCACAUGCCAGAAAACAGAAGAGCGCCCUCUGCAGGAGAGGCCACUCGCACUAAGCUCUUGAUCCCAGGCAUCGCCAUAUUGACGUCCCAACAACGCUGAGAGGAGAUACUGCCUUGGUGUAGCCCCCAGUGAUGACUGUAUUGAACCCUGUACCUCCUGAUUGAACUGUUUGGAUGCCCCCAUUUAACAAUCAGGUUACUGUAUUUCACACGAAACAGUAAUCACAAAUUAUUCAGCACAAGUGUAUUUGUUUUUUUAUCUGUGCUUUUUUUAAUUUCACUGGUAACAUAUUCCACUAUUACUAAUAUUGCAACCUUUCCAUUGAAAAAUACCAUUUGAUGUCAUCUCAUUUAGAUCAACAUCAGUGCAUUAGAGGAAAUAGUUACAGUGAUUAAAAAAAAAGAUUGAUUUAUUAGCAUUACUCAGGUUUUAUUUUCAUUUGCAUUUUUUAGGCCUGUUUUUUAUGUUGCUGCUCUCACACUAAUAGUUUUACUCCAUUAGGCUUACCGUGGGCUUUUAUUUAUGUAUUUUUAGAUUUCGUAUCAUAAAGGCAUCUCAGUUGCUCCUGUUCUAAUUCAUCUGUCACCAUCAUCCUGGAGGGAACCUCCCAGGUAUUGUGUUCUCUUGUAAUACAUUCAUUUGUCACCUAUUUUUAAGAGUAUGUCAUCCUCAUUCACAAAUAGUUCACAGUUGUGCCUUUUUUUGUUUGUUUUUUGAACAUUUUUUAUUCAGCUUCACAUAUAUACACAUAUAUCUCAGUUGUUGAAACAUGGUCAACAUUUUACAGGAAUUAUUUACAGUUUGGCAAACAUAAAAUUAAAAAAUCAAAAAUUAAUGUGCAACAUCUACAACCACAUAAAGAGGAGACUAUUGAAAAGUAGAGGGGAAAAAUAGCUUCUUCAAAGUGGGCAUCAGAUAUAUCUGUCCAUAAACACAAGCAUUUGUUAACUGACUUAAUCAAAAGAAAUGUACAAAAUAUUUUCUCUUAAUUAAAUUGAGAUCAUGAAAACCAGUCUCUUAUCCUGUUGGUAAUGUAAGGUAAUUACUGACAGGAGCCCAUAGAACCCCAAACAAGUCCAGUUGUUAUUUUUUAAAAUCUGAAAGUUUGUUUUUGUGCGUGUGCUUUGCUGUUAUUUGUGAUAAUUAAAUUUGGUUUUAAUGUCUGUUUUAUUUCAGGAGAUUUAGAGAAGAUCUUGUGUAGAAUAUGUCUGGCCCUGUUCCAAGCCGUUCUCGAGUUUACCCUGAUGUAAACACACAGAGACCUCGGGAAUACUGGGACUAUGAGUCCCAUGUUGUUGAAUGGGGGAACCAAGAUGACUAUCAGCUUGUCAGAAAACUAGGGCGAGGCAAAUAUAGUGAAGUUUUUGAAGCCAUAAACAUCACAAACAAUGAAAAAGUGGUUGUCAAAAUACUGAAGCCUGUCAAGAAAAAGAAAAUCAAGAGAGAAAUAAAAAUCCUGGAAAAUCUGAGGGGUGGCCCAAAUAUCAUCUCACUGUUAGAUAUCGUCAAGGAUCCUGUGUCCCGAACCCCUGCUCUGGUCUUUGAACAUGUGAACAACACAGACUUCAAGCAAUUGUAUCAAACUCUAUCGGACUUUGACAUACGGUUCUACAUGUACGAAAUCUUAAAGGCCCUGGAUUACUGCCACAGUAUGGGGAUAAUGCACAGAGAUGUCAAGCCACACAAUGUCAUGAUUGAUCAUGAACACAGAAAGCUUCGCCUUAUCGAUUGGGGUUUGGCAGAGUUCUACCACCCAAACCAGGAGUACAAUGUGAGAGUCGCAUCUAGGUACUUCAAAGGACCUGAGCUGCUGGUAGACUACCAGAUGUAUGACUACAGCUUGGACAUGUGGAGUUUGGGUUGCAUGCUUGCAAGCAUGAUCUUCAGAAAGGAGCCUUUCUUUCACGGUCAUGACAACUACGAUCAGCUUGUGCGAAUUGCAAAAGUACUCGGCACUGAGGACCUGUAUGACUACAUUGACAAGUACAACAUUGAAUUGGAUCCUCGGUUCAAUGACAUUCUCGGAAGACACUCCCGCAAAAGGUGGGAGAGGUUUGUGCACAGUGAGAACCAGCACCUGGUCAGCACGGAGGCUCUAGAUUUCCUCGACAAACUCCUGCGCUACGACCAUCAAGCUCGCCUCACAGCCAGAGAGGCCAUGGAUCAUCCCUACUUCUAUCCCAUCGUAAAAGACCAGGGAAGAGGGGCCACUCCUGGAGGGAUGGCUGCAAGCUCCACACCAGUCAGCUCCUCAAGUAUGAUGGCUGGCAUCACCUCAAUGUCCUCCUCACAGCCGCUGGCUAACAUUGCUGGAUCACCCGUCAUCUCUGCUCCUAACACUCUGGCCACACAAGUCCCUGCAGCCACCGGGGCCCAACCCUGAAGCCACUUCCUCACCUGUGUUUCUGUGUGCUCAUGGCCAUGUCCUGCCUAGCUGUCUCUGCGGCCGGGGCCAUGGCUUCCCUUUUUAUGUUGAGAAAUAACAAAGAAGAAGAUUAAAUUGCUUUUCACAUUCAGUUAUAUUUUGACACCUGGACUUGACAGAAAUGUAUUGUUGCACCUGUCAGGAUUAUUAGAAUUAAUUUGGGUGUGUUAUUUGACAAUGCCAUUGUCUAGAAAUUCUAAUAAGAUGUAGACAUGAAGAGAAUGGAUAAUAAAAUUUAUUUUGUAUGUUCCAAAUA